AUGGAGCAGGAGUCCAGGGGUGCCAAGACCCUUGGGAUUGAAUUGGGUUUGGCCCUGAGGCUGGUGAACGGAGAACACAGGUGUCAGGGCCGGGUGGAGGUCCUGUACUGAAGCUCCUGGGGCACCGUGUGUGAUGACAGCUGGGACACCAACAACGCCAACAUGGUCUGCAGGCAGCUGGGCUGUGGCUGGGCCAUUUCAGCCCCAGGAGAUGCCCGGUUCGGUCAGGGCUCUGGGCCCAUUGUCCUGGACGAAGUGGGCUGCUCAGGGCAUGAGACCUACCUGUGGAACUGCCCCCAUAGCCCCUGGAACACACACAACUGUGGAAACAGCGAGGACGCCAGCAUCAUCUGCUCAGGUGCGGAGACCCCGUCCACGGUUGUGCCAGAUUGGUGGAAUCCAACAACUGGCUAUGGAACUGAAUCGGGUUUGGCCCUGAGGCUGGUGAAUGGAGGUGACAGGUGUCAGGGCCGGGUGGAGGUCCUGUACCAAGGCUCCUGGGGCACCGUGUGUGAUGACAGCUGGGACACCAACGACGCCAACGUGGUCUGCAGGCAGCUGGGCUGUGGCUGGGCCAUUUCAGCCCCAAGAGAUGCCCGGUUCGGUCAGGGCUCUGGGCCCAUUGUCCUGGACGAAGUGGGCUGCUCAGGGCAUGAGACCUACCUGUGGAGCUGCUCCCACAACCCCUGGAACACACACAACUGCAGACACAGCGAGGACGCCAGCGUCAUCUGCUCAGCUGCACAGAUCACCUCCUCCUCUCCAGGAACCGAAUCGGGUUUGGCCCUGAGGCUGGUGAACGGAGAACACAGGUGUCAGGGCCGGGUGGAGGUCCUGUACCAAGGCUCCUGGGGCACCGUGUGUGACGACAGCUGGGACACCAACGACGCCAACGUGGUCUGCAGGCAGCUGGGCUGUGGCUGGGCCAUUUCAGCCCCAGGAAGUGCCCGGUUCGGUCAGGGCUCUGGGCCCAUUGUCCUGGACAACGUGGGCUGUUCAGGGCAUGAAACCUACCUGUGGAACUGCUCCCACAACCCCUGGAACACACACAACUGUGGACACAGUGAGGACGCCAGUGUCAUCUGCUCAGCUGCUCAGACCCAGUCCACACCACACUCCAGUCCACAGACAUGGGGUGACUUUUCCUGUCUCCUUCCAGGAACCGAAUCGGGUUUGGCCCUGAGGCUGGUGAACGGGGGUGACAGGUGUCAGGGCCGGGUGGAGGUCCUGUAUCGAGGCUCCUGGGGCACCGUGUGUGACGACAGCUGGGACACCAAUGACGCCAACGUGGUCUGCAGGCAGCUGGGCUGUGGCUGGGCCAUUUCAGCCCUAGGAAGUGCCCGUUUCGGUCAGGGCUCAGGGCCCAUUGUCCUGGACGACGUGGGCUGUUCAGGGCAUGAGACCUACCUGUGGAGCUGCUCCCACAACCCCUGGAACACACACAACUGCGGACACAGCGAGGACGCCAGCGUCAUCUGCUCAGGAACCGAAUCGGGUUUGUCCCUGAGGCUGGUGAACGGGGGUGACAGGUGUCAGGGCCGGGUGGAGGUCCUGUAUCGAGGCUCCUGGGGCACCGUGUGUGACGACAGCUGGGACACCAACGACGCCAACGUGGUCUGCAGGCAGCUGGGCUGUGGCUGGGCCAUUUCAGCCCCAGGAAGUGCCCGUUUCGGUCAGGGCUCAGGGCCUAUUGUCCUGGACGACGUGGGCUGUUCAGGGUAUGAGACCUACCUGUGGAGCUGCUCCCACAACCCCUGGAACACACACAACUGCGGACACAGCGAGGACGCCAGCGUCAUCUGCUCAGCUGCCCAGACCCAGUCCACGGCUGUGCCAGCUACCCAGACCCUGACCACGGCUGUGCCAGGUCCUGCUAAAGUCCCAGCAGCCACACUCCAGUCCACAGACAUGGGUGCGGUUCCUACCUCUUGGGUCCAGGGGAAACAGGAGGGUGACUUAACCUCUCUCCUUCCAGGAACCGAAUCGGGUUUGGCCCUGAGGCUGGUGAACGGGGGUGACAGGUGUCAGGGCCGGGUGGAGAUCCUGUAUCGAGGCUCCUGGGGCACCGUGUGUGACGACAGCUGGGACACCAACGACGCCAACGUGGUCUGCAGGCAGCUGGGCUGUGGCUGGGCCAUUUCAGCCCCAGGAAGUGCCCAUUUUGGUCAGGGCUCAGGGCCUAUUGUCCUGGACGACGUGGGCUGUUCAGGGCAUGAGACCUACCUGUGGAGCUGCUCCCACAACCCCUGGAACACACACAACUGCGGACACAGCGAGGACGCCAGCGUCAUCUGCUCAGCUGCCCAGACCCAGUCCACGGCUGUGCCAGAGCUUUGGGUGACAGGUGACUUUUCCUGUCUCCUUCCAGGAACCGAAUCGGGUUGGUCCCUGAGGCUGGUGAACGGGGGUGACAGGUGUCAAGGCCGGGUGGAGGUCCUGUACCGAGGCUCCUGGGGCACCGUGUGUGAUGACUACUGGGACGUGAAUGAUGCCAACGUGGUCUGCAGGCAGCUGGGCUGUGGCUCGGCCAUUUCAGCCCCAAGAAGUGCCUGGUUCGGUCAGGGCUCAGGGCCUAUUGUCCUGGAUGACGUGGGCUGCUCAGGGUAUGAGACCUACCUGUGGAGCUGCUCCCACAACCCCUGGAACACACACAACUGCGGACACAGCGAGGACGCCAGCGUCAUCUGCUCAGCUGCACAGAUCAACUCCUCAACUCCAGGUUGGUGGCCCCCACAUACCACAACCACUCAGAGUAAUUGUGGCGGCUUCUUAUUCAGUGCCAGUGGGAACUUUUCCAGCCCAUUCUACCCAGGAUACUACCCCAACAAUGCCGACUGUGUCUGGGAAAUACAAGUGAAACCCGGCUACCUCAUAAACCUGGGCUUCGACAGUCUGCAGUUGGAGAAACACAGUAGCUGCAAUUUUGACUAUGUUGAAAUCCUUAAUGGCCCACUGAGUAGCAAUGCUUCAGCGAGGAGAAUCUGUCAUUACACCAGGGAAAUAUUCACUUCUUAUUCCAACCGAUUGACUGUUCGAUUUCGGAGUGAUGGCAGUGUCCAAAACGCUGGUUUUUCUGCUUGGUAUAACUCCUUUCCAAGAAACGUCAGCUUGAGAUUGGUGAAUUGGAACUCCUCCCAUCCCACAUGUGCUGGGCGUGUGGAAAUCUACCAUGGUGGCCAGUGGGGAACAGUGUGCGAUGACAGCUGGGACAUUCAAGAUGCCCAGGUGGUGUGCAGACAGCUGGGCUGUGGAUAUGCAGUCUCAGCCCCAGGAAAUGCCUACUUUGGCUCUGGCUCUGGCCCCAUCACCUUGGAUGACGUGGUGUGCUCAGGGGCGGAGUCUAAUCUCUGGCAGUGCCGGAACCGAGGCUGGUUCUUCCACAAUUGUGGCCACCAUGAAGAUGCUGGAGUCAUUUGCUCAGUUGCACCGACCAAUUCCUCCACUCCGGAUCCUGUUUAUGACGUCACCAGCCCAGCCACAAAUUAUUCCUGCGGAGGCUUCCUGACCCAAGCUUCAGGGAACGUUUCCAGCCCGUUCUACCCUAGGAACUAUCCGAACAACGCCAAGUGUGUGUGGGACAUUGAAGUUCAAAACAACUACCGAGUGACUGUGACCUUCAGAGAUGUCCAGCUGGAAGGCGGCUGUAACUACGAUUACAUCGAAGUGUACGACGGCCCCCACCACAGUUCCCAGCUGCUCGCCCGGGUUUGUGACGGGGCAAGGGAUUCCUUCACCUCAUCGUCCAACUUCAUUUCCAUCCGCUUCGUCAGCGACACCUCCGUCACCAAGAGAGGGUUCUCAGCUGAAUACUUCUCCAUUCCUUCCAAUGGGAACACAAAGCUGCUUUGCCUGCAAAAUCACAUGCAAGCCAAUGUGAAGACGAGCUACCUCCACUCCCUGGGCUACUCUGCCAGGGACCUUGCCAUUCCCGGCUCGGACACAAGCUACCAGUGUCAGCCCCAGAUUACGUCGAGCCAGGUGACGUUCAUGAUUCCCUACUCUGGCUGCGGCACCACCCAGCAGGUGGAUAAUGACACCAUUACCUACUCCAACUUCCUCAAAGUGACUGCUUCAAGCGGCAUCAUCAAUAGGAAGAGGGACCUCCAAAUUCACGUCAGCUGCAAGAUGCUCCAGAACACCUGGGUUAACACGAUCUAUGUUACUAAUGACACCAUCGAGGUUGAGAACAUACAAUAUGGCAAUUUUGACGUGAACAUUUCCUUUUAUACGUCCUCUUCGUUCCUGUAUCCGGUGACCAGCAGCCCAUACUAUGUGGACCUAAACCAGAAUUUGUACCUUCAGGCUGAAAUCCUCCGUUCUAGAGCCUCCCUAGCCUUAUUUGUGGACACCUGUGUGGCAUCACCGAAUCCCAAUGACUUUACAUCUUUGACCUACGAUCUCAUCCGGAGCGGGUGUGUGAAGGAUGAGACCUACCGACCCUACCACCAGCCCUCGUCCAACAUCGUCCGCUUCAAGUUCAGUUCCUUCCACUUCCUGAACCGCUUCCCCUCCGUGUACCUGAAGUGCAAGAUGGUCGUGUGCAGGGCGUAUGACCCCUUCUCCCGCUGCAAAAGAGGCUGCAUUGUGAGGGGUAAGAGGGACGUGAGCUCCUACCAGGAGAAGGUGGACGUCGUCCUGGGACCCAUCCAGCUGCAGGCCUCGCCCCAGAAGAGGAAGCUGGACCGGCAGGUGGUGGACACGGAGGAGGAGACCAGCACCCACGGGAGCUACCACAGUGCCACCAUUUUUGCCGGGGUGCUCGUGGUCAUGGUCGUGGCCGUGGCAGCCUUCGCACUGGGGCGGAGAGUGUGGGCAGCCCGUGCCCAGCCUCCAAGCACUAAGAUGUGAAGCAGGAGGACGCGGUGCUCAGACCCAAGUCCCUGUGCUCUGGAGCACGUGAGGAGGGAAGAAACCAGUGUCCAGAGCUUGGUACCCAG